GUUUUUGCAGAGCUCAAGGCGUUCAAGAUGGAGCUCAACAAGAUCGAAAAGAUGUUCAAGAAAGCGGGGCACAUCUGCAUAUUCUUGGCGAAGUAUCACCCAGAGCUCAACGCCAUCGAGCGGUACUGGGGAUACGUCAAGCACCUCCUUCGCCUCUCCUGCGAGUACUCUCUCCCGCAUAUGCUUGAGAUUCUGCCAGGCGCCUUGAGUGGCGUCCCGCUGGGGUUUGUUCGCGGGUGGAGCAGGGUGACGUGGCUGUAUCUCGAGGCCUACGACGAGGGAUUGGUGGACUACCUCGAGGUCCGCGACCUCAAGAAGUGGUUGAGCCACCGUUCCCCCACGGAGAGGGGUGACUCCGUGGUUCUGGCGAGGGCAGGGGCAGGGAAGACGGAGGAGGAGAAAAAGAAAGCAGAGGAGAAGGCGCUAGCAGCCGCGCAGGAGCUGCGUACUGAGUCGAUUAAGAGGGCGAAAAAGAAUUUCAAAUCGUUCAAGCAGAAAAGGGCGCUGCUCUCGCUGUGCGAAAAGCGCGAGCUGCGCCCGCGGUCGCGGUCGCCUUUAACUUUGAAGGAAGCGUUUAGGUUGUUGGUGAGAUUCCUAGGAAAAUAAGCUGUCCGAAACGCGCAAGCGUGGACGGAGGUGUGUGUCGUGGUGUUUGUGUUUUUGUAUUUGUGGUGUUCACUUUAAUUAUAAUCAUUUUUGUGUGUUUGUGUCGUGGUGUUCGCUUUUGUAAAUUGUGUCCUGUGAGGCGAGGGUUACCCGUUCAGAGCGUGUUUGGGCUCUUACCGGACAUUUACAGUGUGAUUUGGGGGUUCCGUGAAGAGGUUAGGGGGCCCCGUGGG